CCAGAAACAAUAGCAGCAACAACAACAACAAAAACAGUGGCAAAUUAUUUAGGUCAGCAUCUGAAGUUCCUCUAGAGCUCCUGCAUCAGAAAUGCCUGAGAAGAGAGAGAGGCAAGACUUUUUCUUUUUAUAAAUGUGCUACAGUGAUUUUGAUGUCCAGGGUUCUACAUUCAGAUCAUGGUGAAGCAAAGUCCAAGCUUUGUAUCAUUUCAUCUGCAAGUAUUUCAGAGCUGUUGUGUACUUUCACCACUCAGUAUUUGGCAGGAAUCGAAGUCCGUUGUCUAGAGCAGACUCUUCAGAGCAGCGCUAACAGGAAUUUCCAUGGUGAUGGAAAUGUUCUGUAUCUCUAUAUCUACUAUGGGAGCCAGCGGCUACAGGUGGCUGCCAGGCAUCUGAAAUGUGGCCAGCGUGACCAAGAAACUGACUUCUUAAUAAAAAAAUAUUUAUACAUAAGUAGUUAUAUUCAAAAUAUGCCUGGAGACAGCCCUAGGGGUAAUGGUAAUAAAAAGAGGAAGCACCUAAUCUCUAGCACAGGAAGUCAAGUUGCUGGAGAAACUCACCAGCAGCACCAGAGUGCAGCAUCUUACGGAAGAGCAUGUGAUCAUGAUAAUAAUGAUGAUGAAGAUGACAUUGCUGAGACUCCAGAAAAGAAGCACCAUAGAGACAUGACAAAGAAGUGUGGUGGGCUUAGUGAAGGACUAGAUCGGCAUGCAUUCACAAUAGAACAAGCUAUCCUGUCAGUUCAUGAGAUCAAAGAGGGAUUUGUGUAA